AUGGAAGAUCUCGAAGAAAUUUUGUUUGAAGACUCGGAGAACUACUCCUAUUUCCCAGACUAUCGUAAUGAUAGUCCAGAGCAGGACUUGGAGGAAAGUGUCCAUUUGGGGGCUGCCCACUGGGUCUCCCUGAUGCUCUAUUGUGUGGCCUUUGUCCUGGGCAUUCCCGGAAAUGGUGUUGUCAUUUGGUUCACCGGAUUCAAGUGGAAGAAAACUGUCAGCACUCUUUGGUUCCUCAAUCUGGCUAUUGCCGAUUUCCUGUUUCUGCUCUUCCUGCCCUUCUACAUCUCCUACGUGGCCAUGGAUUUUCACUGGCCCUUUGGCAUCUGGCUGUGCAAGGCCAAUUCCUUCAUGGCCCAGUUGAACAUGUUUGCCAGUGUUUUCUUCCUGACUGCCAUCAGUCUAGACCGCUACAUCCACUUGGUCCAUCCAGACUUAGCUCAUCGCCACCGCACCCUGAAAAACUCCCUCCUGGUUUCUCUCUUGAUUUGGCUUCUGGCUUCUUUUUUGGGGGGUCCUGCCCUAUACUUUCGGGAUGUUCUGGAAGUCAAUGACCACUUUAUCUGCUACAAUAACUACCACAAGGAAGAUCGUGCCCUGGCUUUGCUGCAGUAUCACAUUCUGACUUGGGUGAAAGUCACUGUCGGGUAUCUCUUCCCUCUGCUGACCAUGAGCACUUGCUACUUGUGUCUUAUCUUCAAGGUGAGGAAGCGUCAUACCUUGAUCUCCAAUAAGCAUUUCUGUACCACCUUGGCUGUGGUCAUGGCCUUCUUUUUCUGCUGGACUCCUUUCCACCUCUUCAGCAUCUGGGAACUGGCCAUUUACCAUACUGGCUCUUUCCACCCAGUGCUGCAGGCUGCCAUCCCUCUGUCCAGUGGCUUGGCCUUUCUCAAUAGUUGCCUGAACCCUCUUCUGUAUGUCCUGAUUAGUAAGAAGUUCCAAGUGCACUUUCGGGCCUCCAUUGCCGAGAUACUGAAGUACACCCUGUGGGAAGUCAGCUGUUCAGGCACAGAGAGUGAGCAGCUCAAGAACUCUGAAACCAAGACCCCGCAUCUCCUGGAAACAGCCCAGUGAAAUUACAUUCUCCC